AUGGCCACGCUCGGCCGUCACAAUGGCCCUUGGGCUGAUCAUUAUCAUUCCAUACAGUCGUCCACGACGACGCUGUUCCAGCAGCUAUUCAGUCGCCGCGCCAUGAGAGCUCGUCCGACCCGGGCGCUCUUUCUCACCAUUGCCACAUUCUUCGUGCUGACGAUAUUCCUCCGAUCGCCUUCCCCACCACCUGUCAAUUACUGGCUGAAAUACCCAUCCUACCAUCCUUUCCCACACCACCCUGAGGAUGCGGCAAUAGUGCAAACCUCCCAGCCUACUCUGCAAAGAAAUGACACCCUCCCGUCGAGUCUCCAGAAAUCUAAUCCCGCAUUCCACCUCGUCAUCCCCGCCACGAAAAAAACCCCCGCCCUCUGUCGCAUGUUGACCUCCGCCAUGAUCCUCAAUUAUCCGCCCCCGACGUUGAUCGGCUACGGGAAGAACCUGCCUCAAGGGUCGCACGAUUACGAGGCCAUGGUGGAACGGAUUUCGGGCAUCUACAAGUUCCUGGCAUACACCCCGCACGUGCACGACAAUGACUUCGUCUUGAUCGUAGAUGGAAAUCAUGACUUCUUCUUCCAGUUGCCGCCAGAAGUCAUGAUACAUCGGUUCCAGGAGCUACUGCGAGAGAACAAUGCGAAGCUGCAGAAGAAAUACGGCCUGAUCAACGUGGAACGGCCAUCCCGGACGGGUAGUACAAGUGCGGCUGAAACGAUGCAGAAGUACUCGCAACGAGUCCUCUUCAGUGCCAGCAAGGAAUGUCUGGCCAGCCUGUCAGACGACGCGGGAUGCGUCUCCGUGCCGCAAUCUAGCCUGCCGCCGGACGUGUAUGGCUGGAAAACCGACGUCCACUCGCAAGGUCAUCUCAAUCGGCCGCGGUGGAUUAAACCCGGCGCUUCGAUCGGCCAGGUGGCGGACCUGAAGCUGAUUUACGCGGAGAUGAUGCGAUUCGUUGAACAGCACCGUAAUGUCAAAGGCGACUACGUGGCGCUGACCCAGAUGUUCGGGCGGCAGGAAUACGUGCGCGAGCUGGAACGACUCCGUACGUCAAGCGCUGUCAAAGAAUGGCUCUACCACAUGAUUGGCAUCUCGGAGGCCACCAAUAUCACCAAAGUGCGCCCUCGUCUGGAAUCCGGACAACGGUACGAGUACGGCAUCGGAGUCGACUAUGAAUCGCGGCUCUUUUUCAACGGCUUCAACUCGAAGAAGGACGUCGAAUUCCUCCAAUACUUCAAUAUCACCAAGACCUCCGCCGUGCAGAUGCAGCAUGGCGUUCCACGCGAGCACCGCCUCAUGAUCCCGUCCGACAUCUCCCCCGAGAAGCUCAGAAACCCCUUCAUCCAGCCCAAGUUCGCUAAGGACGAAUGGGUCAACCCGCCAUUGAACGGCACGCUCGACGCACUGCCCAAUCCGCGCAAUCACACCUGGCUCAACCUCACCCUGCUGACCAACGUGCACUCCGCCUCCGUCCCGGCGCUGUUGCACCUGGAUGGCGACCCGCUGUUGAAAGACCCCUGGUGGGCGAAGAUGUGGUUCCACAAGUGGGCACGCGCCCUCCUGCGCAAGUACAUGCGCGCGCCGACGGGAUUUGACGCCGCGCAGUCGGCCAUGCUGGGCGGGCAGGACUGGUGGGAUCUCCGUGGCGGCAAGGGCGGCAUUUGGACCGACAAGGGCGAGUGGAAGGACUAUGGCGAAGUGUGUACAGGCUACGAGAGAGAUGUCUUUGACGAUGAUCUGGGGAAAUGGGGUAAGGAGGGCAAAGACGACGAGGAGGAGCCUGUGUACAACCAAUUCGGCAAUCUGAUCAAGGGAAAGGAGAACUAG